AAAGAGAGUAAAAAGAGAGAGUUCCAGUAAAGGAAGGGGGGGAAAGGAGACUCGGAGAGAGGGGCACACAAACCACUAGCCAGAAAUUCAUAUGCAAAAUCUGGCGGAGAUGUUGAAGAGGCUGCUAAGGCAGGGCUUGGAAGAACUCGGCGGGUGAGGAGUCACGCAACUUUUCAAGUCCCGGGAGAAGUGCGCGGCGGCGGCGCGGGCGCAACAAGGCGAAGAUUGCGCGAGAUGGAGCCUGCUGUGGACGCGGCUGCUGAAGUGUAAGGAAGGAGGCUGUGUCUUUUCGCCCCCCAUUUCUCUCGUUCUCUCCACACACCCCUUUAUAUUUUGCCUUGGUUGCUCCGGACGAAGCAGGAAUGCCCAGGAUCGCUUCUCUUCCCUUGGCCGAGCCGACCGGUGCCUGCAGCCGCUCUAGCGGUGGCCUUUGCUGAAGGAGCGGCGACGCCGCCGCCGCUCUCCCCUUCUCCCGGCGCAGCUGCACAAAAGACUUUCGAGGAGCCUUUUUAUUUUUCCCCUUCUCCAGCUGCGGUCGUCAUGUCCCGGCGGAGGGGGCUCAUGCCUUACGCCGCCGCCGCCGCUUGCGUAUGCAUCUUCUCCCUCUUCCACACUGUUAGAGGUCUCAAUAUUUGCACAAGUGGCAGUGCUACCUCCUGUGAAGAAUGCUUGCUUGUUCAUCCCGAGUGUGCUUGGUGCUAUAAAGAGGAAUUUGGCAGCAAAAAAUCUAUCACUUCGAGGUGUGACUUCACCGAAAAUCUAAUAGCCAAUGGUUGUGCGGGGCACUUUGAGAGUACAAAAAGCAGCAUUAAAAUAGUGAAGAACCUUCCUCUGAGCAGCAAGGGCUCUAGUGUGGCCAGUUCAGAUGUUAUCCAGAUAAUGCCUCAAAAGAUCUCACUAAAUCUGCGGCCUGGUGAUCCGACACCUUUCCAUGUGCACGUUCGGCAGGUAGAGGACUAUCCUGUGGACCUGUAUUAUUUGAUGGACCUUUCCCUCUCCAUGAAGGAUGAUUUGGACAACAUCCGGAAUCUGGGAACCACGCUGGCUGAAGAGAUGGGGAAACUCACCAGCAAUUUCCGUCUUGGGUUUGGCUCUUUCGUGGACAAAAAUAUCUCUCCCUUUUCUUACACAGCACCCAGAUACAAGAACAACCCUUGCACUGGUUACAAGUUAUUUCCCAGUUGUGUCCCAUCCUUUGGAUUUCGCCACCUUUUGUCCCUCACUGAUAAAGUUGACCGGUUUAAUGAAGAGGUUCAGAAACAGAAGGUUUCCCGCAAUAGGGAUGCCCCAGAAGGUGGCUUUGACGCAAUCUUGCAGGCUGCUGUGUGUGAGAAGGAGAUUGGAUGGCGGAAGGAGGCUUCUCACUUGUUGGUGUUCACUACGGAUGAUGUCCCACACAUAGCACUGGAUGGGAAGCUGGGUGGAUUGGUGCAGCCACAUGAUGGGCAGUGUCACCUGAAUGAGGCCAACGAAUACACCGCUUCCAAUCAACUGGAUUAUCCUUCUCUUGCUCUUCUUGCAGAGAAACUAGCUGAGAACAAUAUACACCUAAUUUUUGCAGUGACAAAAAGUCACUAUGUUCUUUAUAAGAACCUUACUGCCCUCAUUCCUGGAACGACAGUAGAGAUUUUAAAUCAAGACUCUACAAAUAUUAUCCAGCUUAUAGUCAAGGCCUACAACAGUAUCCGAUCUAAAGUAGAGCUAACUGUCUGGGAUAACCCUGAGGACCUCAACCUGGCUUUCACAGCCACGUGUCAGGAUGGCUUGUCAUACCCUGGAGUCAGGAAGUGUGCAGAUCUUCAGAUAGGAGACACAGUUUCCUUUGAGAUAUCAGUAGAAGCUCGGAGUUGCCCCGCCGAGAACACCUCACAUACGUUUACUAUCAGGCCGGAUUGGUUUCGGGACACUCUGGAGGUGACCGUCACCUACAACUGCGUGUGCGGAUGUACCAAACAGAUAGAGCACAGCAGCAGCAAGUGCAGUGGGAACGGCACCCAUGUGUGUGGGUUAUGUGACUGUGAUCCGGGCCACGUGGGAGCCAAGUGUGAAUGUGAGGAAGGCGAGAGUGGGAACAUGUACCAGAACAUGUGCCGCGAAGCUGAAGGGAAGCGGGUCUGCAACGGCCGCGGGGAAUGCUCUUGCAACCACUGCGUCUGCUACGAGAGUGAAUUUGGGAAGAUCUAUGGGCUGUUCUGUGAGUGCGAUGACUUCUCCUGCCCAAGAUAUAAAGGUGUAAUCUGUUCAGGUCAUGGGGAAUGCCACUGUGGGGAGUGCAAAUGCCACCGUGGUUACAUCGGGGACAACUGCAACUGCUCGACAGAGACGGGUCACUGCCUUUCCAAUGAUGGCCAGAUGUGCAGCGGCCGAGGCAACUGCAUUUGUGGGAAAUGCCAGUGCACAGAACCGGGUGCCUUUGGAGAGACGUGUGAGAAAUGCCCUACCUGCCCAGGCGUCUGCAGCACAAAAAGGGACUGCAUUGAGUGUAUGCUGUUUAACUCAGGAAGACUGGCUGACAACCAGACCUGCCAAAAACAUUGCCGGGACGAGAUCAUUACUCGAGUGGAUGUUCUCAAAACUGAUGACCCUCAUUCAGUCUUGUGUGCUUAUCCAGUGAAGGACUGUGUGAUGAAGUUCACCUACACAGAACUCACCAGUGGAAAGACAAACAUCACUGUUCUCAAGGAACCAGAGUGUAGCACUGCCCCUGAUGCCAUGAUGAUCUUACUUGCUGUGGUAGGCAGCAUUGUGCUCCUGGGGAUUGUCCUCUUGGCAAUUUGGAAGCUGCUGGUCACUAUUCAUGACAGGCGGGAAUUUGCCAGAUUCCAAAGUGAGCGUUCCCGGGCAAGAUAUGAAAUGGCUUCAAACCCUCUUUACCGAAAACCUAUUUCCACCCAUAGCUUAGAUUUCACAUUCAAUAAGCUUAACAGGACCUAUAAUGGUACAGUUGAUUGACACUAUGCUUGAAGGUGGAAGAGAGAGUGGAAUGCUUGACAAUUGCUUGGCUUCCUCACCGCUUCCCAAAAAGGAAGACUGUAUCCUCUACAGUGGGACAGUAUUCUAAACUUUGACUUGAAUGUCAAGAGAUGGCUUCUAUUGCACAUUGAGGACAAAUGGGUAGCAGCCCAUGUGCUCUGCAGAUCUCUAACCCAAGCCCUGCUGAUGUGCUCAGAACGUGCUGUCACUGACCUGGAGCUCUUGAUGCCUCGGAAGCGCCAACCUAUUGAACAAUGUGCCAUAUAGCAGCUUCAGCCAUAUCUUGGUAGGAAAAAACAUGCAGGUCCAUUUCAUAGGGGUAUUGUGUCACUGCUGGUUUUUAGGGAGAAAAACUAGCAUUGGAGGAGGUGGUGGAAGCAUUGUUUUUUUU